AAAAUGUUGCAAGCUAAGCAACGCGUGGGAUUGCAUGGCCGUCAGGCUUUGUCGACGAACCGCCGAGUUGUUGCAUCGAAAGCUGCCGCACCAGUGACCGCUCCAGCGCCUACAGCGGUGCCUGUCCAGUUUCAUAACGAAAAGCUAUCGGGUGUUGUGAAUGAACAGCAGUUCAAGGCGGUAAUCAAGGGCCUGGUCUCUUCAGGCAAAAUGCCAGCGCAUCUGGAGCCCGCUUGGGAAUAUUUCUAUGACAAUUACAAGAAGGCAGUUGUGAACAGUGGCAUUCCAGGUGCCGACGAGAAGUUGGUAACUCAGGUGCAAGCCUCAAUUCUGGACAACGUGCUUCUGCAGGCGGUGCAACCAUACACUUUCCCAUCGUUCCAUAAUCGCAUUACUGAGCCAUAUAACUACUAUGAGUUUGGACAACGCUAUGUUGGAACGCUUAUUGAUUUCCAGAACUCGGUGCUCGGCCAUCGCGAGCGUUGGGACCGGGUGCAGGAAUUCCUUGACCAGAAGCAUAACGUUGUGCUGCUGGCAAAUCACCAGACAGAGGCAGACCCCGGAGUGUUCGCGCAUAUGCUGGCCUCGACGCACCCCAAGCUGGCGACCGACGUGAUCUACGUCGCUGGCGACCGCGUCGUGACGGACCCGAUGUGCAAGCCGUUCUCCAUGGGACGUAACCUCUUCUGUGUUCACUCCAAAAAGCACAUGGGCGACGUGCCAGAGCUGAAGGCAGCAAAGAUGGAAACCAACCGCAAAACGCUCGUCGCCAUGCAGCGCAAACUGAACGAGGGCGGCGUCCUCAUCUGGAUUGCCCCCAGCGGCGGCCGAGACCGCCCCGACGCUGAUGGCUUGUGGUCCCCGGAUCGGUUCGACCCGGCGGCUGUGGAGCUGAUGCGCAACCUGACGCAGCGUGCCAAGCAGCCCGGUCAUCUCAUCCCGAUGUCCAUGUAUUCAUUCCCCCUGAUGCCUCCCCCUAAGACCGUGGAUAAGUCCAUUGGCGAGCGGCGCCUGACCAACUACACGGGAGUUGGCAUCUCCGUAUGCGAGGAGCUCGACGUGGCGUCCAUUAUCAGCGGGUCUGACGACAAGGAGGUGAGCCAGCAGGCGCUGGCGACUGCCGCCCACGCCGCAGUAACGGAGUCGUACAAGAUGCUGGAGAAGGCCAUCACCGACCCGGCGUUCCGAGCCAGCCGGCCAGAGUUCUCCCAGCCGUGGCUAUAG